CUUUCAUGCGCCACUCAGACCACUUAUUCCCUUCGUGCUCCCAUCGCACAAUCUAGGAGGUAUAUUGCAUUCUUCAUUUGACAAAAUAAACAUGGGUAUUGUUGUUGGAAUUGCUGCUGAAGUAGCCAUCGAAGCAGCCGCUGAGGCGGCUGCCCAGGCAGCAGCUGAAGCAGGUGCCGAGGCUGCUGCUGAGACUGCAGCAGCUGCAGCGGCCGAAGGAGCGGCCGAAGCCGCUGGAGAAGCUGCGGCGGAAACAGUAGCCGACGUGGCAGCGGAGUCUGGUGAGGAAGCAGGUGAACAAGCGGCAGAAGAAGCUGUCGAUAAGGCCGUUGAGGAGGCUGCCGGUAAGGGGGCCAGCAAGAUCAUCAAGCAAGUUAUUAAGGCAGCGAUUGUCGCGUCCAUGAUCGAGGAACUCAUCCGAAACACCAUCAAGAUAGUGGACACUCUGGAAGCCAAGGACAGAAUCAAGACGAUGCUCAAACUACUUGACAAGGCCAUGAAAGAUGCCAAGACAAAUCUGAAGCAGUGGAAUGAUCAGAUCACGGCUGCCAUCAAGAAAGGUAAACUGAGAAAAGUCACGAAAAUGCCUGAUGGCCUCAAACUGUCAGAAGGACUUCUGUUUAGUUCCGAAAUGAACAGUGGAGUGGAAACCUUUCUUGCCGCCAUUCAACCAUCCGUUAUCAACGUAGCAGGUGUGGCGAAGAAGAAGGAUGUUGGCAAGAUUGAGGACGCUGUCAAGAAGGCCAAGGAUGCUUUCAUGAAGGCGUCAGGUCCAUUCCUGACCACAGUGAAAACAUGGGAUAGCAAGGACACAGAUAUCAAGUCGCAAGCUGGCAUCAACUUCCAGGUUGCCCAACUGGAGGCGAACAUUAAAGCCAUCAAAACGCACGAUGCUUGAACAAUGUCCCCCGUCCUCCACGUUCACAAUCAUCCAUGUCUGUGCCUGGUACAUAAUGUGGUUGUGGUCUUGCUGUGAUAAUUGCAGCAUGCCGAUUGACUGUAUCAUACAGAGCACACUUUGUCUUUGUAUCCAUACGUUUGAGGUAGUGCUGUCUUUGUAUUCAAAAGUUUGAGGUAGUGCUGUCUUUGUAUUCAAAAGUGUGAGGUAGUGCUGUCUUUGUAUUCAAAAGUUUGAGGUAGUGCUGUCUUGGUUUCACUGCAGAGUUACUGUUGCAUGUGCACCUCAAGGCAGUCAAGCGUUUCGUACUGUGAAUGUCACGUGAUCCGUUGGCAUCGUGAUGCACUAUGAAACAGGCUCCUUUCAAUUUAUCAAAAUAACUUGUCAUUAAAAUCUCACCCUGAACUUAUCCUUCCGCAGCUCA